AUGGAGGAAAGUAAUGCCUCUAUAAAGUGCUUAGAUGUCAAUGGCUACAAAAAAGAGCUGUGCACUAAUUACUUUAUCAGAUACAAAGAGUGCAAAAAGUUUUGGGUAAGCUAA